AUGCCAGCCUUUCCAACCGCAGGCCUAAAGAAACCCAAAUUACAUGGUUUGCACAAGGCUAGAGCGUUAAGAAAUGUCGUUAUAGCGCUUGUUAAUGCCGGAAUUGCUGGCUUCCUAUAUAAAACCUUAAUAAACGAUAAGCAUAAGCAAACGUACAAACAAUGGCAUGAAAAUCACAACAUUGAAGACGAAUUUGAAAAAAUAAGGCAGACAGGCGUAUUUGACUCUUGUUGA